UAAAAAUUGCAUCCCUGUGUAUUUGACAUGUAGCAAAAUAAUCAAAUUUGGUGCACAUUCUUGACCUUUUUUGUUAAAACAUAUUUUACAAAGAAUUCAAUAAAACUUUAGUGCUGGGUGUUCUAGCUGGCUAGCAAUAUUAGAGCGAAUAUCAAAGUCGAGCAAUAAAUAUUAUUUACGCUGUCCAAACAACUUCUAGUCAGUCCGUCCCCUAAACAACAAUCUUUCCGGGACUCCAAACAAAAUUAUAAAAAUGCUGCUUAACAAAAAGUCGCACAUAUACCAGCAGUUAGUCGAAAGGCUCUUUGACAAAUGCCAAAGGAUACAGGCCGACAACGAGCGCUGUGUUAUGAGAGUAAAUGCUAUAAAGAAGACAUUGCGACGGCGAAAUUUCGAUGUGGAUAUGUUAAAACGUCGGCUGGACAAACAUGGCGACAAUUGGCGCUCAGUGCCCAUGGUGGCGCCGCAUCCCAAGGGAAAGACAGAGCAAAAGCGACGAGGACCGAAACCGAAGAACAAACAAGCCCCAGAUGGAGGCACAGCACCCACAAAUGCCACACGCAAGCCCCGGAAGCAGCGUGCUAAACAGCCCCAGCCUCAGCCCAAUCUCAACUCCACAACGCAGCAGCAGCCACAUCCUGGAAUAUGCUGACAUUAAUUGAUUAUUGCAAUUUCAUGCACACAUAUUUAAGAGUCAAGGCUAAUACAUAAUUCUUAUUC